AUGGCCACCGGCAUCUCAGGCGCCAUCCAGCAUCUCGCGGGCAUGAUAGACUCGAAGCUCAUCGUCGCGACCAGCUGCAUGGACCCGGACGCCUGGACGCCGGCGGCCCGCGGAUUUGUAGGGCUCGUGGAGAAGCUCAAGCGGCGAUCGUAG